AUGGCUAAGGGAAACGAGAAGAAAGAGGCCGGCAGCCAGAUCGAGAAGCUGGCAGAUGCUCCCAUGGAGUUUGUUAAGGACGGCCGCCAAUUCCUGUCCAAGUGCAAGAAACCAGACGUGAAGGAGUACACCAAGAUCGUGAGAGCCGUCGGAAUCGGCUUCGUCGCCGUCGGCAUCAUCGGAUACGCCAUCAAGCUGGUUCACAUCCCCAUCAGAUACCUAAUCGUAUAA